AUGAAUAACUCAAAAUACUCUCAAAUAACAUCGACAAACUCAUGUGAAAUACCACGCACAAGUUUUUAUGCUUGGAAAAAACCAAAUUCAGCAACUACAACACCUCCACAAACGAUAUCACCACAGCCUCCAUCAUCUUAUCAAAAUGUAAUCCCAGUUCCAUCCCAACGUGUUAUUCCCUCAACGUCGAGCAGAGCGUUAAAUCCUCCAAGUGAUUUGUUUUAUUCAAGCUUAUCAUCUCAUAUGCAUAACAAUAAUAACAACAAUGAACAACAAGAUUCAACAUCACCAUCAUCAAUUGUCAAUUCUCUAGGUCGACUUCGACAAGAGGCAGCUCAAGCGGCAUACGAACAUGUUUUAUUAAACGGCAGUGGACAUCAUCUAACGUCAUCGAUCAAUGAUUCCCCAAAUUGGCUCAACAGCCAUCCAUGGUCAAGUGAACCACAACCGCAAUUAAUGUUUCCUUCUAGUAGAAAUACAAAUGAUAAUCAAUUUAGUGGAUCUUCUUACACUGAUCUAUUAUCAAUUGGUCAUUAUUCAGACAACAGUUAUCGAAAUGAAUUUCGUUUGUUUCCUCCUCCACCUCCGUCGCUGCCUCCACAUCACUACCAUCCUCAUGGUCAUCAACUUCAGCAAAACAAUCAUACACCCACUCCGUCAUCUUCUACUCAACAACAACAACAACAGCAACAGCAGCAACAACAUCAACAACAGCAACAUCAACUAGUGAACAGUUCAAAUACAGCUGCUGCCAUCGUUGCAAAUGUAAAACAACCAAAAAGUAGUCGUGCUCAGUGUGAUUGUCCAAAUUGUCGCGAAGCCGAUCGUUUGGGACCAGCUGCUGCUCAUUUACGAAAACGAAACAUACACAGUUGUCAUAUACCAGGAUGCGGAAAAGUUUACAACAAAACAUCUCAUUUGAAAGCACAUUUAAGAUGGCAUACAGGCAAGAAAAUGAAAACAUUACGCGAGCGACCAUUUGUUUGCAAUUGGCUAUUUUGUGGAAAACGCUUUACGAGAUCGGAUGAACUUCAACGGCAUCUUCGAACGCAUACAGGAGAAAAACGAUUUGCUUGUCCAAUUUGUUCAAAACGAUUUAUGCGUAGUGAUCAUUUGAAUAAACAUGUUAAAACUCAUUCCAUAAAUUCCAUAAAUGAUACAAAUCCAAUACGAAAAACGGAUUCUGAUUCAGAAAAUAGUCGAGAAGAUAACCAUCGUUUAAUGCAAGAUAUUAAACGUGAACCAAGAAUGCAUGAAUAA